ACAGAACAACAAACCAUGAAUGACAUUGUACAGAAGACUGAGAUUCUGCUUUCUUCAUCUAAACCUGUCCAAAAAUCCUAUGUGCCCAAACUUCACAAGGGUGAUGUAAAGGAUAAAUUUGAAGCUAUGCAGAAAGCAAGGGAAGAAAGAAAUCAAAGGAGAUCUAGAGAUGAAAAGCAAAGAAGAAAAGAACAGUAUGUUAGAGAGAGAGAAUGGAACAGGAGAAAGCAGGAGAUGAAAGAACUGCUUGCUUCUGAUGAAGAAGAAGAAACAAAGUCUUCUAAAAUAGAAAAAGCAUAUGUUCCAAAGCUGACAGGAACUGUUAAAGGCAAGUUUGCAGAAAUGGAGAAGCAGAGACAAGAAGAAGAAAGAAAAAGAAUGGAGGAGGAAAGAAAGCGCAGAAUUGAACAAGAUAUGAUUGAGAAAAAGAAAAUUCAGAGAGAACUGGCAAAAAAAGCCCAGGAGAUUGAUGACAUAAACAAUACAGGAACUGAAUCAGCAUCAGAGGAAGGUGAUGAUUCGCUGCUGGUGACAGUAGUGCCUGUCAAACCUAACAAAACACCUGGAAAGAUUAAAAUAAAAUUUGAAGACCCAGGAAAUGAGAGAGAACAACAAGAAAAAAGAAAGCAAGAAGAAGAAAAGAGGAUAAGAUAUGAGGAACAAAAACAAUCCCUCAAGGAAGCCAAGUGUCUUUCAUUUGUCAUGGAUGAAGAUGGAAGCAGUGAAACAAAUGAACCUCUUUCUCCUGGGAAACUGAAAUUAACAUUUGAAGAACUGGAAAGACAAAGACAAGAAAAUCAAAGAAGGCAGGCAGAGGAGGAGGCAAGACAACGUUUGGAAGAGGAAAAACGUGCCUUUGAAGAAGCUAGACAACAAAUGGCAAACGAAGAGGAAGAAGAUAAUGAAAAUGAAAAUUCUAUUAAAGAAUUCCGUCCUGGUAAACUCAAACUCAGCUUUGAGGAGUUGGAAAGACAGAGGAGAGAGGAAGAAAAGAGGAAAGCAGAAGAAGAAGCCAGAAGACGCAUAGAAGAGGAGAAAAGGGCAUUUGCUGAAGCAAGGAAGAGUAUGGUACUGGACGAUGAGACCCCAGAGAUGUUUAAAACAGUUUCUCAAGAAUCUCUUACACCAGGUAAACUGGAAAUUAAUUUUGAGGAGUUACUGAGACAAAAAAUGGAAGAAGAAAAGAGACGCACAGAAGAAGAGCGCAGGCAAAAGUUGGAAAUGGAGAAGCAAGAAUUUGAGCAGCUCAGACAAGAAAUGGGAGAGGAGGAGGAAGAGGCUGAAACCUUUGAAUUAAGUAGGGAAUAUGAAGAACUAAUAAAGUUAAAAAGAAGUGGUUCUAUUCAGGCAAAGAACUUAAAAAGCAAGUUUGAAAAAAUUGGAAAAUUGUCUGAAGAAGAAAUACAGAAAAAAAUUGAAGAGGAGCGAGCUAGAAGAAGAGCAGUGGACCAGGAAAUAAAAGAGAGGGAAACAGAGAAAUUUCAUGAGGAUGAUGAAGUAGAUGUGAAGCCUGCCAAGAAAUCUGAGGCUCCAUUUACUCAUAAAGUAAACAUGAAGGCUAGAUUUGAGCAAAUGGCAAAGGCAAGGGAAGAAGAGGAACAAAGAAGAAUUGAGGAACAAAAAUUACUACGUAUGCAGUUUGAACAGAAGGAAAUUGAUGCUGCACUACAGAAGAAAAGGGAAGAGGAGGAGGAGGAAGAGGGAAGUAUUAUAAAUGGUUCUACUUAUGAAGAUGAAGAGAACCAAGCUCGGUCAGGAGCUCCAUGGUUCAAAAAACCCUUAAAGAAUGUAUCAGUUGUAGACAGCGAGCCAGUAAGAUUUACUGUUAAAAUUACGGGAGAGCCAAAACCUGAAGUCACAUGGUGGUUUGAAGGGGAAAUGUUGCAGGACUCUGAGGACUAUCAGUACAUUGAAAGAGGAGAAACUUACUGCCUUUACUUACCAGAAACUUUCCCAGAAGAUGAAGGAGAAUAUAUGUGUAAAGCGGUCAACAGCAGAGGCACAGCAGCUAGCACCUGUAUUCUCACCAUUGAAACUGACGACUACUAAUGCUCUACUUUUGCUGGAAACCUCCCCUCAACUUUCUUACUGCAUCCAUCUCUUUUUCUGUGGUGGGGCCAAUAAAAGGAACUAGAAAGUGUCAUUCCUAUAUCAGAUAGGGAGAUCCUUUGUACUGCAUGAGUGUUCAAGUUCUGUUACAAUGUGAAAUUUGGUAUCAAAGGCACAUUACACUAAAACAAGGACUGGUAUGAAAAAGCCCAACUAUAGAAAAAAAUGAAUUGUAUUUGUGUUCCUACCUUUGAAGACCAAUUAUUCUGUAGUAUAACAGUUAAAUACAUAAUCUGGAAGUUCAAUAGGUAGAAAUACAUUCUGCAUGAACACUAAGUUUGUAGGUGCUUUAUUUUGUCUCAGACUUAACAGGCAAAAGAGAAUGUUUCUGGAAUAAAAUAAUGUACUAUUUUUAAACAAUAAAAGGUUAUGUAAUGGUUUAAGCUUUUUGUUUAAUAAAACAUUUUCCUUUCAA